AUGCCUCAGAGCAAGAGGGGUGUGCCGGACGCGUGCUCCAGCGCGCCAACCGCCACCCGCUGUCGCCAGGGCAAGGAUCGAAGUAGAGCUGAAGAGAAGAGAGAGUAUGACAUGCGCGGGUCGCGCGCGGACACCGGGCCGUGGAGGCCAUGGCGGCCGUGGUGCGGGCUGCGGAGACGUCCUAUGGGCGAGCGGCCGCGGCGCCCGCGGGGUGCAUCUGCAGCCGAGGCCACUGAUGGCGGAGACACUUACCAGCUGGAGCAUCGCAGGCGCGACCCAAGCUCCGACUGCAGUAACCGCCCUGAGCCGCGGAGAGGGAGUCGCCGGCCCCGCCGCUCCCGCUCGCGAGCAGGGUACCGCGGACGCCGGGCUUCGUCAGCUCGGCCGCGGGCUUGCCGGGUCGUCAGAUCCUUGUCCCCGCCAUGGGCUGCUUUCGAUUUUUGGCCCCCGCCAUCGCGGAGGAGAUUAUACCCCCCGCCGCCUGGACGGGCGGGUUUCCGCGGCCGCAGGCGUGGUGUGUCCCGCGGCGACUUCGCCCGGUAUCUCUGCGGAGAUAUUCCUGGAGACCUUGGCAGCGAGAUUUGCUCCCCGGGUCUGCAUUCUGACUCUUUGAAACAGAGUUUAAGGGUCCCUGUUGGCAACGUCCACUUCGCUAUUCCCAUGCCCAAAUAUCAGCGGCUAAGUGAACAACUAGGAUCACCUGUCAAUAACCUGGAGCCUGUGGACAGGGAUGACGUGACUGAUGAUUCUGUCUUCACUCGAAGCUCCCAGUGCUCUCGAGGUCUCGAACGCUAUAUUUCGCAGGAAGAGGGACCUCUCAGUCCCUUCUUGGGCCAGCUUGAUGAGGAUUACCGAACAAGAGCGGCUUUCAUGCAUCAUUCUGACUACCGGGCCCAUAUGAGUUGUCACAAUGAGCUGUUGCGGGGAGCAGAACGGAAUCGAGACAAACUGAAAGGCUCCUACUGUGUCCGACCUGAGGAAAGGAGCCGGGAGGCCAAGCGGCCCCGCUACGACGACACGGAGAAGAUACACGGCAAGGGAGAUGAUCACUCGAGCUACUCAUCAGCGAUGCGCAACUAUCGGCAGCGUAGACGAAGCCCGAGCCCGAGGUUUCUGGACCCUGAGUUUCGAGAACUGGACCUUGCCCGUAGAAAACAAGAGGAAGAAGAGGAACGAAGCAGGAGCUUGAGUCAGGAGCUGGUGGAAGUUGAUGGUGGUGGCACUAGCUGUCCCAUCCCUGGAUUGUCAGGUGUUUUACCGGCUUCAGAGCCAGCAUUUUCUUUACACCGGCCCGAGGAAGGCUCUGUGAUGCCCAAGAAGUCCAUUCCAGAGAAACGGAUUAAGCUUGAGAGUUUUUCCAGCAGUACCAGUUCCAGCCAGCGUCAUCCUCUGCACUCUGGACACCCUUCCUUUCCACUGUGUGGUGCUAUUGCCUCAGAGACUGUAAAUGAUAGUCAUGUGAGAGAGAACUUUGCAAAUUUUUUGUGCCACAAGGAGAAAUCAGAGGUGAAAGUUAUGGAAACUGAGCAACUCACAGACUUUUUGCUGCCCCAUGAGAGAGCUGUCCAGGAUGGCAGUGGUUUUUCACGUAUUCUGAGUAUACUUGCAGAAUCUGCCAGUCCAUCGAAAAAAAGGAGACUUAGUUUCUCUGACAUUGAAGAUGAGGAGAAAUUUCUCUAUGGGGAUGAAGAGACUAGAAAGGCAGAAUCUUCGUCAAGUUUACCCUCCGUUGAGAGUGAAGUUAUUAUGCAGAGUGCGAGCUGCCUUCCCUACUCGGCUCCCACUGUGAAGCUGGAACCGCUAGGAGAGACCAAUCCAAGAUAUGCCAAGUUUCUUGAACUGGUCCAGACCUUAGGGCUGGAUUUUGUGUCAGCAGAGAUCAGUAAACUGGCCACUUACACCCAGGAACAGUUUCAUAGGUAUGUAGAUGAGUCAUCUGAAAACCUAAAUCUUCAAACCUGUGAUAUGCAGCUCCCGAAGUUGAAUCAAAGUCCUGCUAUGUGCUAUUACUGCAAAACCCCAGGACACUGGAAAAGAGAUUGCAUCAAACUUAAGCGUCUCAUACUCUAUCAGAAUUUGAGCCAGUUUUUGCAAUGCCCUCCCAAAUCUCAGUGAUUGGGCUCCAAGAAACGACAGGGGCUUCUCCUCAGGUCCUCUUUCUUAAUUGACUUAAUGACAUAUCUGCAGAAUGGAAAGAAAUCUCUCUACUGACACAGAGUUUGGCUUUUGGUGCUCAACUUCAGGAGUUCAGUGGAGCAAAACCCC